AUGCCUUAUUUUUGUAAACACAAAAAAGUAUCGGACAUAAUGAAUCAAAAAGUUUGUUUAACCCGUAUUCGUAAAUUUUUAGCAAACGGAGAAAAGUACAGAAAACUUAACGAAGAAAUCUCAAGCGCAAUAGAUGAAGUUAACAAUCCCGAAAUAAAAGGAAUAUUGCAAAACUUGAGCAAUAUUAUAGAAGCAUCUAGUCUGACUACCACUAAUACAUGG